AUGUCCAACUCACCUCAUCCAUCGACUUCUACCAGAAUGAGAGAAGAAACACCCACUACAGUACAUGGUUCCAGAACACUGACAGUAGAGGAAAUAGCACAGCAAGGACAAAGUGGAGAUGAAGAUGUUGUUAGCUCGGACGAUGGAGAGCAUGUUGGUGUAUUACGGUUGAGAGGAGAUAUGAAUGCUAGAAGAAGACGAGUGAUUCAAUGGGAUGAAAAUGUCAUUGAUAACGAACAUAUGAACAAGAAAAAGACAAAGAUUUGCUGCAUCUAUCAUAAACCUCAUUCCAUUGGGGAAUCCUCAGAAUCAGAAAGUGAUAGCUCAAGUGAUAGCAGUAGCAGCAGCAAUGGAAACGAUAGUGAUCAUGGCAAAUGUAAUCACAAACACGCUCAAAGAAAGAAGAAGAGAAAUCCUCGAGAUGUCAGUCCAAAUGCUUAUGAACGCCAGCCCGUGUAUAAAGAUCGUUCUUUACCCUCAUCAUCAAAGUAA